GGAGAAGGAAGAGGAGUGGGGCGGGAGGAGGCAGCGGCGGCGAACCGGCCAGGGUGAUGGUACAGGUGCCAGGGCCCGGCGCGGAGCUGCCGCGCUGAAGGACGACGGGUCCGGAGUCCGCAGCGCCGCCGCGUCGCUCCCGGGGACGGGCGAGCGGGCGGGAAGAUGCUGAGCAGGUUGAUGAGCGGUAGCAGCAGGAGUCUGGAGCGCGAGUACAGCUGCACCGUGCGGCUGCUGGACGACAGCGAGUACACCUGCACCAUCCAGAGAGAUGCCAAAGGCCAGUACCUGUUUGACCUCCUUUGCCACCACCUGAACCUGCUUGAGAAAGACUACUUUGGGAUUCGUUUUGUGGACCCAGAUAAGCAGCGGCAUUGGUUGGAGUUUACAAAGUCAGUGGUGAAGCAAUUGAGAUCCCAGCCUCCGUUCACCAUGUGCUUCCGGGUGAAGUUCUACCCUGCGGACCCUGCUGCUCUGAAGGAAGAGAUAACCAGGUACUUAGUCUUCCUGCAGAUCAAAAGGGAUCUCUACCAUGGCCGUCUCCUCUGUAAGACAUCGGAUGCCGCCUUGUUAGCAGCCUAUAUCCUUCAAGCGGAGAUUGGGGAUUAUGACCCAGGAAAGCACCCUGAGGGCUACAGCUCCAAGUUCCAGUUUUUCCCGAAGCAUUCAGAGAAACUGGAAAAGAAAAUUGCUGAGAUUCACAAGACUGAACUCAGUGGUCAAACACCAGCAACAUCAGAGCUGAAUUUCUUGAGAAAGGCACAGACAUUAGAGACCUACGGAGUGGAUCCUCACCCAUGUAAGGACGUGUCGGGAAAUGCUGCGUUUCUGGCCUUCACUCCUUUCGGAUUUGUUGUUCUUCAGGGAAACAAGAGGGUCCACUUCAUUAAGUGGAAUGAGGUGACCAAACUGAAAUUUGAAGGAAAGACUUUCUAUUUAUAUGUAAGUCAGAAAGAGGAAAAGAAAAUUAUUCUCACUUAUUUUGCUCCAACUCCAGAAGCCUGCAAGCACCUCUGGAAAUGUGGAAUUGAGAAUCAAGCCUUCUACAAGCUGGAGAAGUCAAGCCAAGUUCGCACAGUGUCCAGCAGCAACCUGUUCUUCAAAGGGAGCCGGUUCCGAUACAGUGGACGGGUCGCAAAGGAAGUCAUGGAGUCGAGCGCCAAGAUCAAACGGGAGCCCCCCGAAAUACACAGGGCAGGGAUGGUUCCCAGCCGCAGCUGUCCCUCCAUAACCCACGGCCCACGGCUGAGCAGUGUCCCCAGGACACGAAGAAGAGCUGUUCACAUCUCCAUCAUGGAAGGCCUGGAGUCCCUACGAGACAGUGCCCAUUCCACACCAGUGCGGUCCUCUUCCCAUGGGGACACCUUCUUGCCUCACGUGAGGAGCAGCCGGGCAGACAGCAAUGAGCGUGUAGCUGUGAUUGCAGACGAGGCCUACAGCCCCGCAGACAGCGUGCUACCCACCCCUGUAGCCGAGCACAGCCUGGAGCUGAUGCUGCUAUCCCGGCAGAUCAACGGAGCCACGUGCAGCAUUGAGGAGGAGAAGGAGUCUGAGGCCAGCACCCCAACUGCAGCAGAGGUGGAGGCCCUUGGAGGAGAGCUGAGGGCCCUGUGUCAGGGGCACGGCGGGCCAGAGCAAGAACAGGUGAAUAAGUUUGUUUUAAGUGUCCUCCGUUUGCUCCUUGUGACCAUGGGGCUCCUCUUUGUUUUGCUCCUCCUCCUGAUCAUCCUCACUGAGUCUGACCUUGACAUUGCCUUUUUCCGAGAUAUCCGCCAGACCCCUGAGUUUGAACAAUUCCACUAUCAAUACUUUUGUCCCCUCAGGCGAUGGUUUGCCUGCAAAAUCCGCUCAGUGGUGAGCCUGCUCAUUGACACCUGAGAAGGCAUGACUCCUCCCAAAAACUAGUCAGGUGGACCAUGGAACCCGGCUACCCAUUCCCAGCAAUGGGACCCAUCGCGGAACCAUCGGCACACGCCAAGUCCUCCUCUCAUGACUCAAAGCCCACUGCAGCCUAGGAGGGUUCUUUCCCAGAAGAAAGGGACAUAAGCUAAAGCCCUGUAAAGAAACUGGGAAAACUCAAUUUCUUCAGAGGCUCUUGCAAGAAAGGCUCAGCAUCUCUUACGUUUCUCAUCCUUCAAUAUGCAGGAAAAUUUUUGGGUUCGAACUUUUAUUUUUCAUAGAUGUGUAUUAUUUUGAAAGUAUCCAAAUAAAAAUAAUUUAUUUUACUAUACUGAUUAUCGCAGUAGUGCCACCUGGGAGAUGGGACACUAGCUGAAGACAGAGCUGUCGUCUCCUCUGUACCCUGCAGCCUUCUCACUGGUCCCACUGGGUUCCGGGAGACCCAGCAAGGCAGGCCAGGGCUGUGGACAGCCAGGAUCGUUGAGGUUUAUUUGCCAGACAGAAGGUUUAACAAAGUAAACACCUGUGCAGAAUAAUUAAACUAGAAAGUUGCUUCUUACGAUGGUCUGAGUUGGAUUUUCUUUUCCUUUUGUUUUGCCACAUCUGAGCAGAGUGGGCGUCUGAAGGGACCGCCGCUACGGCAGCAGCAGCAGCAGGGGUGGGGUAAGUCUGUCCCCUUAGACUAGAGCCUAGUGGACAUCACUUAGUUUUAUUUCAUCACUUUUUUCUUCCUGAAGAACCUCAAGACUCUUCUAGCGCUCCUGGGUGUUAACUGAAGUCAUUGGCAGCAGCGUGCGCCACUGGAAAUGCCCCGCGGUGUAGUUACCAGAGACCUGUGCUAAGCCACCUGAGCGCCUGUGGGGCAGAGAGCAGUACUUGCUUUGUACAGUGUGCCCUUCCAGAAGGACUAUUUCAAGCUCUAUUUUAACAGCAAAAUGUUAUUUUCUUACCUAUUGGUAUUUUUUUUUUUACUUUAUGGAUUAAGAAAAUAGAACCUGAUGACCUUUAGAUGCGAGAGAAACAGAUCUGAGGAAAACAUCAAGCGCAAGCAGCAACCUUGGAAGGGCCGGGAGACACUCUAAACAGAACCAAGUGAUGCCUACAAGAGACAGGAUUUGACCAUGGCAGAGAUCAACACUUACUGUAGAAACGCCACCCAUAGGGUCAGCUUCCGCUCCCGGAAAUAAGGCCACGGAGAAUACUUGGAGGGCGUCACUCACAGCAGCACAGGACCACACUAAGGUGAGAAGUCCCCAGGCCUCUGCACUUAAAAACAACCACACACACGAUCUUGUUUCCAUCUCAGGGAGAGAUUGCUAAGGCAUUCGGGGCCCAAGGACUUAUUUAAAGGACUGCCAAGGGGCACAGUCCUGGGACCCAGACAAGAACAGAACUAAACAGUCCCAAAAGCAGAGCCAAUUGGACUGUAGGACAUUUGAGCUCCUCAUGUUUUCACCUGUGGUGGUAAAAGCAUGCCCAUGUUCAGCCAGUGAUUUGGAGGAUGCCGGGGUGUGUAUGUAAUUUUAAAGAUGCCAUCCUUAUCUAGAUGUCAGCAAACCUCUUUAAUAAAGUUUUGGUUUGUGGGCUCCAAAACCACAGAGAAACCCUGUCUCGAAAAACCAAAAAAAAAAAAAAAAAAAGUUUUGGUUUGUGGACCAUACUCUGCCACCCUAGCAACCUCUGAUAAUGUAUGCAUAAAGAAGUGUAAUUCUGAGGAUGGAGCUCAGUGGGUAGAGUACAUGCCUAGCAUUCGCUGCGUACUGUGUGGGGGCAUAUACCUGUGAUCCCAGCAUUCAAGUGUAGACAGGAGGAUCAGAAGUUCAGGGUCACACCAGUUACAUAAUAGUUCAAGGCCAGUCUGGGAUUCAUGAAACCCUGUCUCCGACUGCCAGUCUCCCACUUCCCAAACAACAAACAAAACAAAGCAAAACAGCAAUAUGCUGAAAUUGGCCCACAGCCAUAAGAUUGCAGACCCUGACCUACACAAGACAACCACCACACAUUAGCAAGGGGGCCAGCUUCGAUUCCCGUCUCAUGUAAGACCCAGAACCAUUUCCCCAUGGGAGCUUUGCCGAGUGCUCCACCAACCAGCAGUGACGUCACAUCUGAUGCAAUGAUCAAGUACUGCCUCUCGGAACAGUGAUGACUCUCAGAACGGACACAGACCUAUCUGAUCAUUUCCAUACCAGCAAGAGUUUGGGUAAAACCAAAUACAUACUUACCACGUGACAAGUCAAACCGAGGGGAUCCUAGUAAAGACUAGAGAUCGCUACAAAGCAAUGAGCCACUGCCAUCUGUCAACUGCAGAGCAAAGGUCUACUUAGCACAGGACUCAGGUCAAAGUCCCCUAGAGAUGCAAAGGCUGCUGGGAAACAGGGCUGGUGUGAACUGGGAUUUCUAUUUUUAUGCAACAUAGCAGAUUGCCUUCUAGUGUAGUGCUCCUACCUCAGUUUGUAGAACACAGCGUCUAUGCAGUGAGUGGUAGCCUCGCCUCUGACCCUUCACAGCCACGCGAGGGAGGCAGCCUGCCAUUGCCUGGUGUGUUUCUUGUGUCUAGAGCCCUAACAGUGGUCCUUGCCAUUUCCAACAUCUGAUCAACCUUCAGGUUGUUUUUGUUCCCCAAGGCUUAUCCCAGAAAAUAAGGACAGAAAAGGCUUCCUUCGAUUUGGUUCCCAAAUAGUUUUCAAUAGUUCAACAACAAAGCCCCGUUAUUGGUGACUAGUGCUUUUCAGUAUUUCCCCGUCAUUAAAAGGUUCUGUUUUCAGUCUG